ACUGGAGGAUCCUGGAGUCAGCGCCGGGAGCGCCUUCUCCAGUCUGCGCCCCUCGCCGGCUUCUGCAUGGAGCUCGGGGACCGCCCAGGCCCGGGCUCGGUCCCGGGGCUGACCUCGGCGACACCAAAGCCAGGGCAGGAGCCGAGCAGAGGGGCCGAGGCGGGGACUCCCGCUCCCGGUGCCCUCGGAGACCGCCGCUUCCUGCUCUGUCUCUACCUGGUGGGCUUCUUGGAUUUGUUUGGUGUCAGCAUGGUUGUCCCUUUAUUGAGCCUUCACGUCAAGUCUCUUGGAGCAAGUCCAACAGUCGCGGGAAUAGUAGGCUCCUCCUACGGCAUUUUGCAGCUCUUUUCUAGCACAUUGGUGGGCUGCUGGAGCGAUGUGACCGGACGACGGACUUCCUUGCUGGUGUGUAUUCUGUUCAGUGCCCUGGGUUAUCUUAUUCUCGGAGCGUCUACCAACGUUUUCCUGUUUGCCCUGGCUAGGGUGCCUGUGGGUAUUUUUAAGCACACACUCUCCAUUUCAAGGGCUCUGCUUUCCGAUCUGGUUUCAGAGAAGGAACGGCCAUUAGUAAUUGGACAGUUCAAUACAGCAUCUAGUGUGGGCUUCAUCUUGGGCCCCAUGGUCGGUGGAUGUCUUACUGAACUAGAUGGCGGAUUUUACCUAACGUGCUUCAUCUGUUUUUCUGUCUUCAUGCUCAAUGCUGGUCUCGUUUGGCUGUUUCCAUGGAGUGACAUAAAAGUCAACAAUACAAAGAAUGGCCUGCGACUGGGUAAGAACCGUGCACUUUCAGGAAAGACAGACUAUGAAGUGCAGGAAGGAAGCCCCACCCCCGGGAGCACGGCGCAUGGGAAGCCUGCUGGGCCGCCCUGGACGGAAGUCGUGUCCACACUGAGGGUCAUGAGAACCCUGCUGUUUUCUGACAUGUGGGACAUACUUCUAGUGCGCCUGCUGAUGGCCAUGGCGGUCAUGCUGUACUACAGUAAUUUUGUCUUGGCCCUGGAGGAGCGCUUUGGGGUCAGUCCCAAGACCACAGGCUACCUCAUCAGUUACAGCAGCGCCCUGGGGGCCCUGGCUGGCUGCGCCCUGGGGCCCAUCAUGCGGCUGUACGGGCACGACUCCCACAGGAUCCUGCUGCACUCCAACACGCUCACCUUCCUGCUGCUGCUGCUGUACUCCGCCGCCCGCACCAUGGCGGCCGUGGUCCUGUCCUCCACGCUGCUGUCCUUCUCCACCGCCAUUGGCAGGACGUGCAUCACGGACCUCCAGCUGACCGAGGGCGGGGCCCGGAGCAGCGGCACCCUCAUUGGCGUGGGGCAGUCGGUGACGGCCGUGGGCCGGAUCGUCGCGCCCCUCCUCUCAGGAGUUGCCCAGGAGGUCAGCCCUUGUGGCCCCCCCAGUCUGGGGGCUGCGUUAGCCUUGGUGGCUAUUUUUGUAAUGUCACUAAACAGUCCUCGCCGUGGUGGUACUGGGAGUGAUAGAUUAAAAAGUGAAUAGAACGGGUUUGGACAACCGGAAGGAACAAAAUCCGAGGUGUGUGAGUGAGGGACCCAGGCCUUGAUGAGAAGUUGCCUGGCAAAGGGUGGUGGUGUCAGUGGGAAGACUUAUUUCCAAGUAGUGGGCUUUGUUGGGAGGCAUCCAGGGCAGCGCUCAGCUCUGCAUUUAGGCCUGCCAGGGGAUCAGAAGUCAGAGCUUUGCCAAAGGGGAAGGCUUAAACAUUUUCCUAAAAGCCUCCUCUUCCCAUGUGAGCCAAUGAGGUGAAAUCGGGGGUGGGGAAGCUACCAGCUACAGGAAGAGCGGUGGGAUAACAGAACAUGGUGUGCACCAGAAGGGGAGAGACCCAAGCAUUUCCCUACUGAAUAAGAAGAGGGCGAUGCGUUAAUAAAAUGCCAGUCAGCUAGAACACAGGUUCUAUGUCCAAUUGUGUAAGCUAAGAGGGAGCUUUUCUACUAUCAAAAUCCUAGACAAUGAAGAAGCUACUUUAUUAAAACCAGCCUGUCAUAUUCUCAAGUCAUAACAAGGUUAUGAGUGUUACUUCUACCUGGGGACCUGGUUAAAAAUCCAUUAUGGACUGAUUCCCAAGCUUCGUGAGGCCCAGACGUCCAUUAUUUAGUAAGGACCAUUUACAGUUUCUCAUAGAGGUAGGAAAAGGACCAUUCUGAGUAUGUUGUUUUUAUUAAUAGCUAACUCAAUUUAGACUGUUCGUUAAAACUGUGUAAUAACAAUGUGUUAAACUUUCCCCAGCUCUCAGCAUUAUACCCCAUAACAUUUUAUGCAGUCAGAGUCAGGUGUCAUGCCUUAUUGGAGGGACUUAAUUCUUUAAUGUCUUGUGCUGAAAAUCACUUGCGAACAGAAGAGCUGUGUUGGUUUACAGGCACAUGCUUUGGUGUGACUUUUCCUGGACCCAGACUGAGCUGCCAUUCCAAAAUUAGCACCCAAGGGGCCAGGUGAGGGGCCUAGAGUGAGGGCUAGUACAGGCUUGUUUGGAUGGCAUCACUUAUUAAUAAAAAUUAUUUAGGUGCUCUCUCUCUUUUCCUCACACAGACUCUCAAAGUAUACAUUCUUUUCAGUCCUCUUAAUUAGUCCACUAGGAUAUUAUUCCUGCUUUCACCCUAGCACACAUAUAAUUGUAAAUACUGUCUUAGCACGCUGAUUUGCCAUAACUUUAGUACUUACUGUAUAUGAAGCAGAAAAAGUAAUUCUGUACUUUUAGAAGUUGGGUAUGGUGUAAACUCAAAUAUUUAUGAUAAAGCAUCAAUUGGAAAUGUGAAGAUUGCCCUUUCUCCUAUCUAGCUACAAGAAAAAUACACACUUUGUGUUAAGUAUUGUAAUUCGGGACUUUCACACAAGUGCUUGGUGCUUUGGAAGAGACUGAAAUAUGAUAUAAAGUGGCCUCAUCCUUAAGGAGCACAGAACUCAUCAUGGAGGUUAGACUCAAAAGGACAAUAAAUAAUCAAGGAAUUUUGCAAGGAAGUACAAUUUCAGAAGAAUUUCUCCCAAGAUGGCCUUUACUUCACUCUCAGAAGUAGACAAGCUUCUUAGAAGCUCUUAAAUAUAGCCAUGUUUUGUUUUUUUUGUUUUUUGAAAUCAUAGCACUUUAUUUUCGAAGUUAAAUAAAAGCCUGUAAACUUAAUGAGGAAUUACAUUUAAUCAGAUUCAUGGAAAUACUGAAAACCAAAGAUCGAUCUUAGUAUAGACAGCACAGAAACAUUACUCUCCACUAGUGAUUUUGGUAUUUUGUUCAUCUGAUUUUUUUUUUUUUUUACAUAAGUAUUUUCUUACAGUUCCUAUCUUAAAUAGUCUAAUGUAUUGUUGCUAUUCAGGGUGUGUUCUGGGGACCAGCAGCAUCAGCAUCCCCUGGAACAGACACGCCCCACCUCUGACCUGCUGGGGACCAUUUUCACAAGAUACCCAGCUGCUCUGUAUGCACAGUAAAGUUGGAAAACCACUACUGUAAUGGACAGUAUCUGUAUGGUUUAUGGAACAUGAUCUCAGGGAAAUUAAAUCUGCUCAGUUAAAUAUUGUGUUGUUUUUUAAAUUCUCUUGAGUAACUUCUGUAAUGCUUUCUAAAGUAUUUGGUGGAGUCACAUGAAAUUGCCAUUUUUGUAUGUCAAAAAUAUCUGCAGUUUCAUAUGGUUCAACUUAAUAAUGUGUGGAAUCUUAUUUUAGAGGCAUUGAACUUGCCUGAAAAGUUUAUAAAGGGAAUGGCACGCUUUCAACAUUAUGCCAGCCCAACUGGUGAGUACUGUGAAACCACCUCAGGGCUUGGGAUUCUAGAAGGCGUGGCCUUUUCCCCAGAAAGAUGCUCAAACCCAGAAAGGGAGCAGGGAAUGCCUGGCCAUGAGAGAAACGUGCAGGACUCCAAUCCCAGGCCUUGUGCCCUCCUAGUGCAUUGAGGUCCGGCAAGAGUUAAGCCUGGAGCAAAUGGAAGGGACUAGAAUCAGUGGUUCUCUCCCCUGGCUGCGUAGUAAUCACCUGGUACCCAGAGCGUGCCCUGGACCUGGGGAACCAGGCUCUGAAGUGCCUGGUGUUUUUAAUGCACAGCCAGAGUGGAGAAUCACAGGGUUAGGUCUGAAAGGGCUCAUUUACCUUGCUCGGAUAAGCUUUUAUUCUGAGAGAAAGGGGACUGAAGAUUUCGUGCUGGCGAGUGCUUUGUGGACCUUUCUGUUUUAGAAAGAUCCAUACUUGCUGCAGCAGGGAGGACCAACCGGAGGCCGAGGAGGAAGCAGUCUGGACUUUGGGGCAGUAAUCCAGAGGAGCGUGAGGGAGAGGUGGUCCUGGGCACUGACGAAAGCAGGUAGGGGGCAAAAUCCGAAAAGCCUGGUGACUGUCAGUGUGUGGUUCCCAGGGAGAUUCCAGGAGGGGCUGUGGGUGAUGCCCACAUGUCUGGUGGGGGCAUUUCGGAAGUCUUAAAAUAGUUUACCAUGGAUCUAGCCAGGAUAACGUGUAUAAAAAUGCAGUUCUUCUUGGAACAGGUGGUGGAUUGAAAAAAACAUUUUUCAGUCCGAAAUUUCUUUCCUAAUGAACUUGCCAGUUAUAUGGAAAUCAUUUUCUUUAAUUAUAAAAUCUCUUUAAAGCUGUAAUGCAGUGUUAUUUAUUCUAAUAAAUUAUAAUUAUUCGAAGCCA